CUGACACUUUAAACUAAUAUAGACAGUAAUAGUCGUCAUCUAUUCCAUGGCAUCACUCUGAAGAACCAUUUCUGGUUCCAGUUAGCACCUUUAUUUCUCUGUGUGUAUCCCAGUAAACAAUAAGUAAAAGGCAGGGCAUGUCUUGGAAACACAAUUUUCCAAGCCAAUGGGCCCUGUUUCACACCACCCUUAGUAAUUUGAUAACAUGUCCACCACCGAAGCCUGUUUGCCUACUGUUGUUUCUGGAGUGUGUUCGAUUAUAUCAACAGUAUUUGUAUGUCAGCUCAGAUCGUCGCUUCACUGCUGCCGGACCAGAACUGCAGAGGAUCACAGCCGAGCGUCACACCAGAAACAAAAUGAACACCACCUCCAUCCAUCAAUCCCAUCAUGUGGGUUUAGCCUUGGCCUCUAUUUCUAUCAACACCGUCCUGGGUCUUCCUUUGAAUGGUUACGUCAUGUGGUUGAUUUUUGCAGGAGCCUCAGGCACUCUGACCUCAGACUUCUUUUCUCUCAACCUGGCUAUAUGUGAUAUCGUUUUCAUCUUAUUCAGCAUGACCUAUAUUGUUUAUGAUCAGCUGCAUGAUUUUCUCUGGUUUAAAGUCUUCAUGUUUUCACGCGGUCUUCUCUUCACCGCCCGACCUCUGUUCAUGAGCUGCAUCUGUGUGGAGUGCUACCUUGGUGUCGUCCACCCGGUGUUCUUUCUCCGGUGUAAGCCCCUGAGAUACAAGCUGGCCUGCGGUUGUGUUGCCUGGAUGAUUAACUUGAUAUCAUCUAUCUUCUCCCUGUACACAUUUUCAAAUGCUCUGUAUCUGUAUGGGUAUUUCAUUCAGAAUUUGUUCAUCUUCUUUGUAAUGCUCUCCUGCUGCCUCUCAGUGCUCUGGGCUUUAAAGCGCCCUGGGCCUGGGGCGAAAGGCACAGGGAAGAAGAAGAAGAGCUGUCCAAUGAAGAGAAAAGCCUUCAAAAUCAUUUUGUUAAUCACAACUUCCCAGGUGUUUCAUUUCUUCAUGUAUGUUAUUGCUAUUCCACUGCAGUGUUGCCUCAGUACAAUGGAUUUUUCCACUGUCUUAACCGUCUGCACAAGCUUCGCUUUGACAACUGGGUUUACUCAGCCCCUCCUCUACCUCCACAGGGCUGGAAAACUGGUGUGCUUAGGGGAUUUCUGAUCAUCACCAUCAUUGUCAAUAAACCAUGUGCAUAUGAUUGUGCAGGUUUACUUUAAAUUGUGUUAUAGUUCAUCACGUUGCAUUGCUUUCUAUAGUUUCAAGUGAUUUAUAUUUAUUCAUAACGGAG